AUGGCCACUGGACUAGCCAUCAUAUACUGGCAUGCCAAUGUGGACGGAAUGGAUAUCGAGUUUGUACUCGGUGGGAGAGCUACUUGGGAUGAGACACAAACCGAUGUCGCCGACGAUGUCGACACCUCCGGACCUUUCUUUUCCUCCCUACUGCAGCAUAGAAUUACACUCGCGACCCAGGCUCUAAAUCCAGGCUCGAUUAGCCACAGCUACCGCGGUAUGCGUCUCUACGUCCUCGAUUUCGACAAAGCCUCGCUUGUUUCGUUUGAUCAGCCCGAAGCUGCGAUAGAGCGACUAGUCACAGCGGUGACCUGUAACGAUCCAUACUUUCCCGAUCCGAAUGCUACAACGGGUGAAGACUUGAAGCUAUGGCAGGAUUUCCGCUUUGCAUAUUUGCGGGCUGCCAAGAAUGUUUCGCGAGAUCUUGUAAAGAAGCACGGGAAGCAAGCUAGGAGAUGGCCAGCACGGUUCAUGGAUCAAUGGGAGAGGAAGGCAGGACAACUGUUGGAGGGGAGGCAUGGCGAGUUCAUUGAGUUUGGUGAAUGA